AUGACACGGCGAGUGGGACACGUGUCCGCAUAUUCAAGAGCGUAUGGAACACUUUCUCUUGGAGAGAGUGUGGCUUGCCUUACGAUCCUUCACUACUUAUCCACUACUCCCAAGUCAAGGGUUUCGUGUUCCUUUCAUGUCUUCCAGCUCAUAUCCAUCAGUUUUGGAGCCUAUGAAGCUCUAGGUUCAUUGUUUGAAGUGAUUGAAAGAGAUCUACAUGUGACUCGCAACUUCAUCAUACAUACAUAA